CACUUCCGGCUUGCUAGACACACGUGUUCUACUGGAGAUUCCACUUUGCUGCUGUACGGCGGUCUGAUAGAAGUUAAAUUGACGGCUCUUAUUUAGAUGCAGAAACAGUGACAUUGCGCCAGACAGUACACAUUUUCACCAUCCUUUCUACAAAUUUGAGAUGAAGGGACGCGAAACGCUUUGCAGAAAAAGUGGUGCAGUAAAUAUGUUUUCAGACUUGGACCUUAUUGGGACCAUUGCCGAGGAGGACGAUGUUUCUGGAGCGGAGGAGUCGGAGUCGGAAGAUGAAGUAGAGCAGCCCAUUGUUCUUGGCAAGAAAAAGAAGCAGAUGAUGGGACGUAGCUCAGAGUUCAAUCCAACAUUUGAAUUUGGGGAGCGCGAUGGGCUGUAUAGUGAAGACUGGGCUAUGGCAGAUGUGCUGGCACAGAUAAAAAAGAGGAAGGCACCCACAACCCUUGAUGAAAAAAUAGAGCAAGUCAGGAAAAAACGUAAAAAUGAGGAGAAAGAGACCAAAAAGGGAAAACAGACAGUGGAUGUAGAGGUAAAAGAAGAGGAAGAAGACAGUGUAGAAGAAGAUGAUGGUCAAGGUAAAGACAGUGAUGAAAACAAAAAUGGGGAGGAGGAGGAGGAGGAAGAAGAAGCAAGUGAUGAAGAGGAUGAAUUUUCUUCUGAAGAAGAAGCAGUCCUAACCAAAGCAGACACGUUAAAAGUCAAGGAUAGGAAAAGAAAGAAGCCUGUAGAGGAACCACAAACAUUUUAUGAAGAUGCAUCUCACUAUGAUGACAAUUUGACUUUCCAGGAUAUGAACUUGUCUCGUCCCUUAUUAAAGGCCAUCACAACCAUGGGAUUCAAGCAGCCAACCCCUAUUCAAAAGGCUUGCAUACCUGUUGGGCUCCUGGGUAAGGACAUCUGUGCCUGUGCCGCAACUGGAACUGGAAAGACUGCUGCAUUCAUGCUUCCUGUUCUUGAGCGACUAAUUUAUAAACCCCGCCAGGCUCCUGUGACGCGUGUUCUUGUUCUAGUACCAACUCGUGAACUGGGUAUCCAGGUCCAUACUGUAGCUCGCCAGUUGGCUCAGUUCAGCAGCAUUACUUUUUGCCUAGCAGUCGGUGGACUUGAUUUGAAAUCACAAGAAGCUGCCCUGAGAGCUGGCCCUGAUGUUCUUAUUGCUACUCCAGGCAGAUUAAUUGAUCAUCUUCAUAACACUCCUUCUUUUGAGCUAAGCAGCAUUGAGGUUCUCAUUUUAGAUGAGGCUGACAGGAUGCUUGAUGAGUAUUUUGAGGAGCAAAUGAAAGAAAUCAUUCGGCUGUGCUCUUUCCAACGUCAGACUAUGUUGUUUUCAGCUACUAUGAAUGAAGAGGUAAAAGAUCUUGCCACUGUAUCCCUGAAUCAUCCAGUCAAAAUAUUUGUAAACAGCAAUACUGAUGUGGCCCCAUACCUCCGGCAGGAGUUUAUCCGAAUUAGGCCAAAUAGGGAAGGGGAUCGGGAGGCUGUUGUUGCUGCUCUGUUGACCCGAACUUUCCCUGAUCAUGUGAUGGUCUUCACACAAACCAAGAAACAGGCCCAUCGAAUGCAUAUCUUCCUGGGAUUGUUGGGCCUGAAAGUAGGAGAGCUCCAUGGGAACCUUUCUCAGAUGCAGCGACUUGAAGCUCUUCGCCGAUUUAAAGAUGAACAGAUUGAUAUCCUUGUAGCAACAGAUGUAGCAGCCAGAGGUCUGGAUAUAGAAGGAGUUAAAACGGUAAUCAACUUUACAAUGCCCAACACUGUCAAGCACUAUGUCCACAGAGUGGGUCGCACAGCAAGAGCUGGGAAGGUGGGACGGUCAGUGUCUCUUGUAGGGGAACAGGAAAGAAAGAUGUUAAAGGAAAUUGUGAAGAAGGCAAAGACCCCUGUGAAAGCACGAGUUAUUCCUCAAGAUGUUGUGUUAAAAUUUCGCGACCGAAUUGAGAAACUUGAGAAGGAUAUUUAUGCUGUGAUGCGUUUAGAGAAAGAAGAGCGUGAAAUAUGCCGCUCAGAGGCUCAGAUAAGCUCUGCUAAGAAGAAACUUGGAGAUGAAAAAGAUAGCCAGCCAUCCAGGACCUGGUUUCAGUCACACGAAGAGCGCAAAAAAGAAAAAAUGGGAAAGGCCUUGCAGGAGUUUGACCUAGCUAUAAGGGGAAAGAAGAAGAGAGCAAAGUUUUUGCAAGAAAGAAAGAAGGAGCUUUCGGCAGAAGAGCGUGUCCAGUUUGAGAUCCUAAAAUCCCAGAUGUUUGCAGAGCGAGUUGCAAAACGAUCCCACAAACCGAAAAGAGCACGUGCAAUGGCCGAGGAUGAGCCUGCCACAACAAAAAAAACAAAGAAAAGCAAUGCUGGAAAUAAGGUGAAGAAAUCUGUGUUUGAUGAAGAACUAACCAACACUAGCAAGAGGUCUCUUAAGAAAUUCCGUGCAGGUCCAUCGUUUGAAGACAAGAGGAGACUUGGAAGGCCUACUCAUAAAAAGGGAGGAGGUUUCAAAUCCAAAGCCAAAUACCGGAGAAAGUGAGCUUCUUGAGAUGAGCCGUUAAAAUAAGGCCUGUUUGUUGCUACUAGUGACCAUUAUUAGUGUCACACAUUUGACAGCCAUGGAGCCGCAAUUCCAGACCAAAACAACCCUGACUUGGUUUACUUUCUGAAAUACGUGACUAGAAUUGAACAGCGUGUGAACUUUUCAGAUGUGUACAGCAUGCUUCAAAGGGUUAUUGAUUAUAUCUUUAUUUUUACAUUCACAAAAUGUUUUUUCAUAUUGUAAAAACAUUUGUAAUUAAUCUUCAUAUGCAGGGAAAAAUAAAUUAAAACAAUUUUGUACAGUACAAAAACCAAUGUAACUUUCCUCAUUUGUAGGCUGGUGUCUUAUCCAUCACUAAACUAUCAAAGGGCAGAGUUCUUCAUUGACAGAAACUGGUGAUUUUAUUUUACAUGGUAGGUGGAAAGUCCAAAUAGCAGACCUCCAUAUGUCCCUUGAAGUAAAAGACUCGAGCAAAUGACCAUAUAAUGUACAUGGAGGUCAUAUCUUAUCAACCCUUUUUUCUGAAUGCUAAUGACCAGAAUUCCAUUAAAUAAUGUUGAUGUUUGACUGCAAGUAUACCAAAGUAAGUAAUGUCAGAAUGGAAGGCCUUCUCUUUAAGAAUGUGUUCAUUUGGAAACCAACUAUCUGUAUAAGGUGGGGGAAAAAGGAAGGUGAGUGCCUUGUCAUUUUAAUGAUCAGAAAGUGCCUGAAGUCCUGUAGGUAUGAUGGAUGAAAAGCACAACUGUAGUGGAAUGGAUAGUGAAGGUGGCAAAAAAAUAAACGUGUAUUGGGUUGCUAGUGAAAUGUUUUAUGAAGAAUGUUGCUUAUCUACAAGAAGAGCUAAUAU